AUGCACUUCUUGACACAACUAGCCACAAUAGUCGUUGCCGCUGCAGUGGCUGUCACAGCAGAUACUAUGACCCCCAAAGUCAUGAUUUUUUCCAUGUUUGAUCCGGAAGCACAAGCCUGGUACAGCAACUUUGAUCUGUCCGGACUGGGCAACCUUUCAUCAAUCAACAUCUCCUCGCCUGGCCUCUCCAUGCUUUUCCCUUUCGUAUCCUGCACGGAAGAUGCCAGCGUCUGCCACGUCACCCUCGGCGAGGGCGAGGUCAACGCCGCCGCGUCCGCCAUGGCGCUGCUCCUGUCACGCGCGUUCGACCUGCGCCAGACGUACUUUCUGCUCAGCGGCAUCGCCGGCGUCAAUCCCGAUCGCGCCACGCUGGGCAGCGUUGCCUUUGCGCGGUAUGCCGUGCAGGUGGGCCUACAGUACGAGAUUGACACCCGCUCGGCGCCCGACGACUGGGACACCGGCUACGUCUCGUACGGGAGCGACCGCCCGCACCAGUAUCCGACCGUCGCGUACGGCUCAGAGGUCUUUGAGCUCAACGCCAAGCUACGCGACGCCGCCUACGACUUUGCCUCGGCAGCGACGCUGGACGACGGUGAAGAUGCGCGUGCGCUUCGCGCGCAGUAUAAUGUCGGCACGGCCGCUAGUCACACGCCCAGCUUGGUCAAAUGCGACGUCACGACGAGCGACGUCUACUUUGUCGGCAAGGAGCUCGCCCAGACGUUUGACCAGACGACCCGGCUCUGGACAAACGGCACCGGCGCGUACUGCAUGAGCGCGCAGGAGGACAAUGCCAUCCUCGAGGUCCUGGUCCGCGGCGCCGUCGACCGCCUCGUCGACUUUUCCCGCAUCGUCCUCGUGCGGACGGGCGCCAACUUUGACCGCCCGCCGCCCGGCAUGCCCAUCCGCGACUUCAUGGCCGCGGCCGCCGGCACGCAGCCCGGCCAGGCCGUCGCGGCGCAAAACAUGUACAGCGCCGGCGUCGAGGUGGUCCGCGGCAUCGUCCGCAGCUGGGACGAGACGUUUGCGCGGGGUGUCGCGGCGGACAACUACGUGGGUGAUAUCCUGGGCAGUCUCGGCGGCGAGCCCGACUUUGGCACGCCGGGGACGAGGCUCGAGGCGCAGCAGCGGCACACGCCCGGCUCGCAGAGGCAGAAAAAGCGGCGCAUGCAGAUGGCGAGCACGAGAGCGCCUUAUCCUGCAGGAUUAGCGCCGCGCCAAAAACGGCAGAAGAGACGGGCUUGGCGAGACCGCAGAGCGGCGACGUCAGUGGUGGUGGCGAAUGCCAAGGCAUGA